UUUAACUCCAAUCCACCGUAACAAGAUCUAAACCAAGAUGCCCACAGCCCUCCAGUCAACAGCCGCAGGCUGGCUCUUAAUCUCCCUCGGCCACACGCUCUCCGCAAAAGACUGGCAAUCUCUCCCCCAAGUCCGCACCCUCCCUAAUCUAGCCUACACCUGUGCCAGAGCAGGUUGGUAUCAGGGGAGUGGGUUCUUUCUUAUGAAUGCCUUGAUAAACUACAACUGGUCGCAGAACCCGGCUCUGCUGAACGACCCUAUUAACCGGGCUGUCGCGGCUUUAAUGACGGCUAUUGUGGGGAUUAGUUCCGGGUGGUAUUUGAAACGGGGAGUGAAGAGUAAUGGAAUUGUGGUUGCGCUUAUGGGGGCUUUGCAAGCUUGGGCUGCUUUUGGGAAUUGAUUCCGGUAGUGGAUCUAGUGAUUAUUGAAUUUGGGUGUGGGGGUUUGGUGGGAUUGAAGCCAUAUUGGAAAUUCCCUUGUCCCUGGUUGGUUCUAAGGAAUGUAUAGGCUUAUUAACUCUGGACAGGUAAUGGGAGAAACGUAUGCUGUUGAAUGAUGAAUGGAAUUACGGAGUGAAGUCAGAUUAGCUAUUCC